AUGUCUCUCGAAAAUUUUAUCGAUGAUCUUCCUCUCAACAGAGCGCAAUGGGUACAAUAUGCCAAGCGGGCCGGCCUUUUGCACAAGUCGCUGCGACACCGCAAGAAACUCCAGUCAGGAUCUUGCGUCAACGAUGAGCAAUUUAUGCUCUUUAGAACGAUAUGCCCCGAAUCCAUUCACCCAGACUAUUUUAAUCCUGCUGACUAUGGUCUUGACUUAACUACAACCUCUAAUACAUUGGCAAUGUCCCAAGACUUUCAAGCCUACCUCAACCAAGUCGGCACAGACAACUUCCGGGGCCUGGGAGAAUUUGGCACCACUCUCGUUCAACAGUGGGAAGUACUGGAAGGCUUUAGAAACGAAGAUGAUCCGCUUAAGUGCUCUGAUGAAACUGCUGUUAAUUCUAGUCUGAUCAGUCUACUCCAGGCGCUUUCCUUGUUAGCUACCACGACUACCUCCGAGUGGCGUAGCACCAGACUCCGUUUGAGGGGAACAUUCGGUACUCAUAAUCUUCGUUCAGGCGAGUCUCCUCCCCAAUUUGUUGCAAUCACAGAUGGACAAUUGCGAGAUAAGCAGACAGGUGAAAUCAAGUCUGUGAUUGAAUGCAAGAGACACCUUCGCGAUGAGGUGGGCAAGGCAGUCGAUAUGCAGGAGGCUGCUGAGAUUGUGGCUUGGGUCAACCAGUAUCCUGAUACUGAUAGAAGUAUCGAUACACACCAGUAA